AUGAACAGUUUUACUAAUACUACUAAAAAAGUAAUUGCUAACAAUCCAAAUUUGUAAGGUCAAAAUGGAAAUCAAUAAAUUGAAUCUUACAUUCAAAUAGAAGAAGAAGAAGAAUUCUAAUCUGACACAGGUUAAUCUUAAUAAGAACACUAAGAUACUGAUAGUAGAAAUUAUCAGUAAAAAAUAAUAUUCAUAGAGGAACAAAAUAAUUAUGCUAGCCACUAAGAUUCUGAUUCGGAAUGUGAAAUUUGCUAUUAAGAAAUGACAAGUUCAUAGCACAUUAGCAUUUAAUGCAAGGAUGUUUUCCAUAAGAGCUGCUUAUAGCAAUACUUAAAUACUCAAAUUAGCAACAAAAAAUUCCCUCUGAAUUGCCCAAAUUUUAAAUGUAAACAACAUGUUUAAUAUCAUGAUAUAAAGGAAAUUUUGAAUGACUAAGACUUUUAAAAAUAUGAAAUGUUUUAAUUUUAAAGUUAUAUAGACUCUCACUAAGAAGAAUUUCUAUGGUGUUUAACUCCAGGCUGUUAGUAUGUUUUUGCCAAAGAUGAUAGUUAAAUAUAAUACAUUUGUCCUGUCUGUGAAGCAAGUUAUUGCAUGAAUUGUAAAUAAAAAUACCAUUCUGGGUUGACUUGCUAAUAAUACUAAGAAUCAAUCAAGUUUAAAGAGCUUGACUAAUAAUUUUAUUAAUUGGCUAAAAGCAAAAACUUAAAAUAAUGUUCAAAGUGUAAAAUGUGGAUUGAGAAAAUAAAUGGAGACAGCUAUAUUUAGAAACAUACUCAAUAAAAUAUUAGUACUAAUUAAAAAUAAAUGGCUGUUACUUAAUCAAAUCCUAGUAAUCAAAGUUAAAAUCCUCCCAAGCCAAUAACUUAUCUUAAUUAAAGUGUUACUAAUUCAUAAAAUAAUAACUAAACUUUAUUUUAAAAUUUAAGUUAUAAUAUUGGUAAUACAUUUAAGAGAAGCAUUUAGUAGAUAAGCAACAAUAAUCAAAAUUAAAUGACGGUUACUUAAUCGAAACCUAAUUAUCAAAGUUAAAUUCCUCCUAAGCCAAUAACUUAGCUUAAUUAAAGUGUUGCUAACUCAUAAAAUAAUAACUAAAGCUAAUUUUAAAAUUAAAAUUCUAAAAUUGAUAAUCAAAUUAAGAGUAACAUUUAAAAGAUAAGUAACAAUAAUCAAAACUAAAUGACUGGUAAUUAAUCGAAUCCAAGCUAUCAAAGUUAAAAUCCUCCUAAACCAUUAACUUAUCUUAAUUAAAGUGUAAAUAAUUCAUAAAAUAAUAACUAAACUUAUUAUUAAAAUUAAAACUCGAAGAUUGAAAAUAAAUUUAUUAGUAACAUUUAGUAGAUAAGCAACAAUAAUCAAAAUUAAAUGGCUGUUACUUAAUCGAAUCCUAAUUAUCAAAGUUAAAAUCCUCCUAAGCCAAUAACUUAUCUUAAUUAAAGUGUUGCUAACUCAUAAAAUAAAAAUUAAAGUUAAUUUUAAAAUUCAAAUUCUAAAAUUGAUAAUCAAAUUAAGAGUAACAUUUAAUAAAUUAGUAGCAAUAAUCAAAAUUAAAUGAUUGGUAAUUAAUCGAAUCCAAGCUAUGCAAGUUAAAACCCUCCUAAACUAGUAACUUAUCUUAAUUAAGGUACUAUUAAAUCAUAAAAUAAUAACUAAACUUAAUCUUAAAAUUUAAAUACUAAUAUUGAUAAUAAAAUUAAGAGUAACAUUUAGUAAAUAAGCAACAACAAUCAAAAUUAAAUUUCUGUUACUUAAUCGAAUCAUAGUUAUCAAAGUUAAAAUCCUCCUAAGCCAAUAACUCAUCUUAAUUAAAGUGCUGCUAACUCAUAAAAUAACAACCAAAUAACAUUUAAUAGAAAAGUAGAAGAAGAAGACGUUAUAGAAGUUUAUCUUUUAAAUAAACUUAUUAAACAAAAGGAACUUAUUUAAAAAAAUGAACAUUCUUCAUUUAUUGGAGGUAUUAAAUAAGAAGAAGAAUUUUCCUCCUAUAUUUAAUAUAGGGAAGAGUCUUUUGAUUAAAAUUUAGAAGAAUUCUAUUCAGAUAAUUUUGCUUCAAACUAUGUUGAUCUUGAAUAAUAAACCAAUUGA